AUGGCAGAAAGCGAGGAUACAAAGCCAGUCAGCUUGGGGCCUGUCCUUGAAGAGAAACUCGGGGAUCUGGCGACUUGUCUGAAGAGCUAUUACCGCAGUUCGAAGUUUACCGACCUGACUAUCACCACUUCGGAGCAGGAAUUCAAGGUCCACAAGCUCGUGCUUUGUAGCCAGUCGGGCUACUUUGCCAGGAUGUUCAACGGUGACUGGAAAGAAACGCACACAAACAUGGUCAAGCUGGAGGGUGACGACCCCUAUUUCGUCCAGACCAUGAUUGAGUCCAUGUAUGGCAUCGAAUACACCACCGCUGACCACGGCGUUAUGUCUACCAUGAUGUUUCAUGUUGCUGCCUACCAGAUCGCGGACAAAUACGAUGUCCCGAACUUGAAGGACUAUGCUAAGAAGAAGUUCGAGCACGCCGUGAAGGCUAAUUGGGCGAUGGACGACUUUCCGCCCACAAUCGUGGAAGUGUACCGGACCACUCCGAUGAGCGACAGGGGUCUCCGCGAUCCUAUCGUCCGUGUCGUUGGGGACCAUUACUUCGACCUAACGCUGAGGGAAAGUUUUAUGAAGGUUCUUGAGGAGGCACCUGGUUUUGGGGCAGAUAUGACAAGGCACUUCUGUGUAGCGUUCCGUCCACCUGGACCGCCUGAGGGCUGGUGA